GUAUUAACUAUACUCAUGAUUGCCACAUUACUUGUCUUCUAUUCGCUGUUGACGGUCGUAUAUUCAGACAAAAUGGCCAACAAGGAGCGCACUUUCAUCAUGGUCAAGCCUGACGGAGUCCAGCGGGGACUCGUUGGCAAAAUCAUCGAGCGCUUUGAGCAGAAAGGCUUCAGGCUGGUUGCCCUUAAAUUCACUUGGGCUUCCAAGGAGCUAUUGGAAAAACAUUAUGCUGAUCUGGCUGGCCGCCCUUUCUUCCCCGGUUUGGUCAACUACAUGAACUCCGGUCCAGUGGUUCCCAUGGUGUGGGAGGGCUUGAAUGUAGUUAAGACUGGCCGUCAGAUGCUGGGCGCAACCAACCCAGCUGAUUCCUUGCCCGGCACUAUUCGUGGUGAUUUCUGCAUCCAGGUGGGCCGCAAUAUCAUCCACGGCUCGGAUGCCGUUGAGUCGGCCAAUAAGGAGAUUGCUCUCUGGUUCGACGAGAAGGAGCUUAUCCCAUGGACCCCAGCUAGCAACGACUGGAUUUACGAAUAGAAUAACACCUGUACAAGUGCAGAAUCGGCAUUUUUGUGUAAUGCUCCUUAGUUAAGAAAACAGAUUCUUUGAAAGAAUAAAAAAAUUCCGUAUUUGGUGUAAAACUA